UAUCUGUUGAAAGGAUCUCCCUGUGUGAAUAUUUAUCGACGAAUUCCUCUUUCCUGAGAUUUGCUUCACUGCAUAUAUUGAAAGAAGAAUGAUUCUCCUCACUGCUCAGUUUCUUCUGUUUAUAAUAUACGCCCAGGCUUACGAAAAUUUAGCUCUACGAAAACCUGCCUGGCAAGCGCACAAUUGGCCUGAUGAAGGAUAUGACAAAGCAUGGGGAGCAAGCAAAGCAGUGGAUGGACAUUAUUCAGAUCGCUCAGCACCAGGGAACCACUGUACAAUAUCAGAAGGAAUGCCAACAGCUACACUGAGAGUAGACCUUGGGAGAGUGUCCAGCAUCAAUCACGUCAACAUCUACUACAGAACUGAUAAUGCUCCGAGUCCUGGUGCUUACUUCGAUCGAUUUGCUGGGUUUUUCCUUUAUGUGUCAAAUUACACACAAAAAGAACGUGGCAAGCUUUGCUUCCAUGAAAUACAAAAUGUGAAUGGAACACCUUUAGAGAACAAAACAAUAAACUGCCUUGUUCAUGGACGUUAUGUCAUAUAUUACAACGAGAGGAAGUGGAAUGUUACCUACCCUAAAUACUAUUCUAAAAAAGCAUUCAACGAAGUGUGUGAAUUGCAAGUUUUUGGAUGCAAUGAUUCAAGAAAGUACGGAGUGAAUUGUGAUCAAGAGUGUUCAAAAAGGUGUCAGGAGGAAAGGUGUUACACAACAGGAGACUGCCUGAGCUGUAUACCGGGGUAUCUAGGCCAUCAAUGCAAUAGGCCAUGUGAUGAUCAAACGUACGGUCUGGGGUGUUCCUUAUCGUGUGGUAACUGUAGUAAAGGAGAAACCUGUCAUCAUGUCAACGGCACGUGUAUGACUGGUUGUAAUGAAGGAGCAAAGGGACAAAAGUGUAAAAUACCGUGCAAUCCUGGUUAUUAUGGUAAAGAUUGUGUACAAAAAUGCAAUGUUAACUGUGGAGUGUCCAGACGAUGUGACAGGUUUACUGGGGAGUGUGAGGGAGGGUGUCAGCCUGGAUGGAGGGGAACUCUGUGUGACAAACCCCCCUCCCCCUGA